AUGAAAACUCAUAGAAAGGUAAUAAAAAAUAGAUUCUACAUAAUUGAGGAUCUUGGUCAGGGAGGCUACGGUUCAGUACAUAAAGCCAUAGACAAAGCUACUAAUGAAAUGGUUGCUGUAAAAUAUGGACCAUUCAGCAUGGAAACAGUAUGCUUGAUUGGACUGCAAUUGGUAACUUAAUUAACUAUAAUCUUACCCUAGUUAGAAAGACUUGAGAAUUUUCAUAACAUUGGCUAUAUUCAUCUUGACCUCAAGCCAGACAACAUUCUGCUCGGUUCAUCCAACACCUAAUCAAAUAAACAGAAAAUGCUAUACUUAAUUGAUUUCGGAGUAUCAAGAAAAUACAAAAGUCCUGAUGGGUCACAUGUAUAAUUUAAAAUGGAUCUUCCAUUCACGGGUAAUAUAAUUUUCGCUAGUGUGAACAGCUUCUUGAAUUAUGAAAUCUUUUCUUAGUUGUUUAAUUAUGUGAGACAUCUAGAUUUUGAGCAAAAACCUGAUUAUAGCUACUUCAGAAAGGGCUUAAAGUCUGUCUUAGAACAAAUCAAUCCAAUUAGCAUUAAGCCAGUCCUAGAUUGGAUGAUGAGCUAAAAGGUAUAAAAUAUUUAGUAUUAAUGCACACUUUAGGAUAUUGAAAAUCGAAACUCGCAUCUAAAAACACAAAAAUAACUAAGCUUGAAAAAUAAUAAUUAAGAUAGGGAAGACCUUAUUAGAUAAGGUUCUACAAAAUAAAGAAAUUUAGAUCCGGAUUAACCACAGACUCCCGGAAUAGUUUCUAAGAGGCAUGGGUUAGGAGGAGAUGAAAAGGGAAGUCAAUGCUAGACUCCUUUAUUAAGACCAUAAAAAUUGAAAUAUAGAGGAAAACAAGGUACAUUAAGGAAGAAGCGUAAAGGUAAAAAGAGCCGAGAUGUUAAUAAGAGCCGGAGUGGUUUAAUCUAAAAUGAUGAAGAAGAUGAAGAGGCAGAAGGAGAAGGAGAAGAUGAUCAGAAUGAUGAUCUAUACAGUAAUUUUUUGGUUCCUAGAAAAAAGAGCACUGGACCAAAAAGUCAGAUACUAGGCGUAGUUAAGGGCGGGAAUAUUAUGCUCACACCAAAUCUUUAAAAAAGUAACUUAAUGGAUCGGAGAAGACGAAUGGCUGUCCUAGGCAUGAAUGAUAAUAUCUAAAACUUGAAUAAAAACUUAGUCACACUUAAGCAUGCGACUAUAUAUGAAGUAAGUGCAAUGGAUAGAAGCCACAUAGAUUAAAACAGGUACAUGAUUUCGCACAUUAACAAUGAAAGCUUUGAAGUUGAUUUCGACUCAGCUGAGUUUAAUGAUUAAAACAUAGAUGAAGGUUAAAGAAAUAAUCAAGACUACGAGUUUCAACACAAUGAAAAUUACAUUAAAAAGCCAAGGCCUAAGUUUUCGUCGAAGAGAAAUAUAUAACCCUUUCCAAUUAUCAGUUUCUUCUGA